GGAUCCAUCCACAAUAAUCCUUCCAUUCCUUUUUCAUAUUAUUCCAAACGAAGCAAUGACUUGCCACUUUCAUGCAAAACAAACAACCCCUAGAGCUACGGCGUGUUAACCUUCUUCCUCCAAAACUUCUUCUUCUUCCUCCUCCACGCUAUCGUUCAUCUUUAUUCUCCACCAUUCAACCUUAUUCAACCCUAGUAUAAAUCGUUUCCCGCUACUCGUUGAACCCCUACAUUGUUCCGGAGCUCAUUGAACCCUAUUACCCUAAUACCCUCCGUUCACCAACAUCGGUCAAUGCCACUGGCUCUCGGUUAUAUAAACUGGAUUCUGGACUUUUAUGUUUUCUGCAGCUUCAGUCAGAGGAACAAGACACAGGUUUUCCUACCCAUUCAAUAGACAUAGCUUAUUCUGGCUAUGCUUAGUUGAAGAUGUUCCGACCAUUGCAUCAUCCCUUACAAGAUGUUUUCGAUCUUUUACUCCUUAUUCCAUACAUCCAAGAACUUACAGCACACCGAGACAUCUUUCAAAACUACCCCCUGUAUGUUCUCCAUCAGCUUUUGUUUCACAGCUCGGAUCAAAUGUCAUUGGAAGCCAAUGUAAUCAGGCAAACCGGCUACCUUCCAGAUACACAAGUAAUUCAUCAGUUGAACUGAAGACCCAAAAUGAUGUUGUACGGUUCUCUCUGUAUAAGCCUGGGGAUAUUAGUUCUGAAACGAAGAGCCAGAGUAAAAAAACAAUGAAAAAAUCUAAAAGGGCCAAAGUGAAUGAGCUCAAAUUUUAUCGUUUGAAGGCAAAACAAAAGAUGUAUUCUCCUAAUCCAGAAGUUAGAAUUCGCUAUAAGCUUGAAAAGGCCAAGCGAAAGGAAACAUGGUUGAUUGAAAAGCUUAGGAAAUUUGAUGUUCCGAAGCUCCCAACAGAAACAUUUGAUCCUGAAAUUUUAACCGAGGAGGAGAGGCAUUAUCUGAAGCGCACUGGAGAGAAAAAGAAACACUAUGUUCCAGUUGGGAGACGAGGAGUGUUUGGUGGGGUAGUUCUAAACAUGCAUCUUCACUGGAAGAAUCAUGAGACGGUGAAGGUUAUAUGCAAGCCCUGCAAACCGGGUCAAGCUCAGGAAUAUGCUGAAGAGCUGGCUCGACUGAGCAAAGGCAUUGUGAUUGACAUCAAACCUAAUAAUAUUAUCAUUUUUUACCGAGGAAAGAACUAUGUACAACCCAAAGUGAUGUCACCUCCAGAUACAUUAUCAAAAGCGAAGGCCUUGGAGAAAUAUCGAUAUGAGCAGUCACUUGAGCAUACUAGCCAGUUCAUCGAAAAGUUGGAGAAAGAGCUUGAAGAGUAUCAUGAGCACGUUGCAAAGUUUAAAAAAAGGAAAGAGGAUACAACUUAAGAUGUUAGAGUGGACAUUAGUUUGCUGUUCCCAAUUUAUAUAAAUGAUGCCUGAUUUAUUAAUAAACAUGUUGCAAGAAAAUUCAUCAUGUUGUUUUGUAGAAGAAAAAUGCUGAUAACAUAUUUUUUAACACAUUCUUUUCCAAUACAGUCUAUUACUAACUGAAUUUCAUAGACGUCUCACUGAAAAACCCGGGCUCUCUCUCAAGGUUGUAGUUAUUUUCUCAUGGAUUAAGGAAGCUUGACUAUUUUUUUGGACAGCAAUGUCACACAAGAGACUCAGACAAGUGAACUUGUUUGAUUUUGAAGAAAUGUAAAUGUUUUGCUUUCCUUGAAGUGGCUCAAGGCCAGCAGCAAUACUCGUGUCGAUAUGUCAAGUUGUGACUAGUUAUAAUGUUUCUAAGAUAAAAGUUCACAUUCCUUGUUUACAGUCUUUAAGUACUGUGAUUUGUGUAUGACAAUUCACAUGCUAAUUGUAUUAUCUUAGGUUAAUGAUGGUGUCAUCUACCUCAUGGUGUUAAUGAUGGUGCUAAUUGUGAUUUCUGCAUUUUUUCAA